AUGACCUUUUUAACAAGAAGUAAUAAAUAUUGUGAAAAGAAUCCUCUGUAUAAUGAAGACUUUCCCAUCACCCGUUAUAGACAUUGUAAGCCUGUAUCUUACAAUAGCAACUAUGGUCGGUCAGAAUAUCGAGUAGCAAGCCUUCUUUUCUCCGUUUCCGUUGCUGCGAGCACGACACCAAUGUAUGACAUUGAUGUUUCUCAAGGCCCCUCCACUAAGAAACUCGAUUUUCUUGUGAGUUUAUACUUCUUACAAAACUGGGAUGGUUUAAACACUGCGUGCACAAACAAGGUCCAAUUUGGGAAAAUGAUACUUCUUUUAUACGAAGCUUUGCGUACCGAUGGUAUUAUCACUGGUCCUGGUGCAGAUAUACCUCCCUUGUUCAUUCAAAAGGAGGCUACGUUAGAGACUUUAAAUAGACUACGUCCAGGUUCAACCCUAAUAAAAACAAAAGAAGUUAUAUCGGGUCGUUAUCCUACAGUAAAUCUUCAUCAAAAUUUGGACGAUAGUCCAUUGGUUCUCGCUGCCCAUCCCCCCCCCCAGGACGACGAGAAGCAUGGGCUUAACCAACCGUCAUCCAUUGCCAUUGCCCUUAAAAAAGCGUUUGAUUUCUUUUGUCUCCAGCCAAAUGUUUCAGUAAAGUCUACUGAAGAUACAUUUAUGUCACCGCUUGGAUAUUUCUUCGCCGUGAGUGCCAGACUUCAAUUAGUCAGCUCAGAAAGAAAAACUCUGAAAGUGAUCUCAAACGACGUCAUAUUGGAUAGGACAAAUGAGAUGCAGAUCCAGCAGUAUACAAUGAAGGACGAGUAG